UCAAUCGGUGGUCCAUCAUAUGAGACAAUGUUAUCCGAAACACCUGAUCAUUACCUCCACUGUCCUUAAUUAAGUUGAACCAUCACCCCAACCUCCCAACCCAACUGCCUCGCAUCGCCAUAUUACCCACGCCUAAUCUCUCUCUUCUGCAGGCGAGUCACAAAAUGCCACGUCAUCCGAUAGCGGAAGCCAACCAGAAUGACCCUUUCGGCGACCUCUCCCCCGCCGACUUCUACGCCAAGCACAACGUCUCUCACUCCUCUGACUAUAUCACCGAUUCUCGUGGCCUCAAGCUCUUCACUCAGUGGUGGCUACCACUCCUGCCGACCAAAGCCAUAGGCUUCGUCGCCGUUGUCCAUGGCUUCACCGGAGAGUCAAGCUGGUUUGUACAACUCACCUCUGUGCUGUUCGCCAAAUCCGGCUUCGCUACAUGCGCGAUUGAUCAUCAAGGCCACGGAUUCUCGGACGGCCUAACUGCUCACAUCCCCGACAUCAACCCCGUCAUCGACGAUUGCAUUCAGUUCUUCGACGCCUUCCGUGGAAAGCACGGCCACAAUUUGCCGGCGUUUUUGUACUCUGAAUCUCUCGGCGGUGCAAUUGCUCUCUUCAUCUCUCUCCGUCAGAAGGGCGCAUGGGAUGGGCUCAUCCUGAACGGAGCAAUGUGCGGCAUCAGCGAUAAGUUCAAGCCUCCAUGGCCGUUGGAGCAUUUCCUUUUCAUAGUAGCGACGCUGGUUCCCACUUGGCGCGUGGUCCCCACACGUGGGAAUAUUCCUGAGGUUUCGUUCAAGGAAGAGUGGAAACGGAAUCUUGCAGUGGCGAGUCCGCGGAGGCCGCUAGGGAGGCCACGCGCGUCAACGACGCUGGAGCUCUUAAGAGUGUGCAGGGAGCUGCAAGGGAGGUUUGAAGAGGUGGAUGUGCCGCUGCUGAUCGUGCACGGAGGCGAUGAUGUGGUGUGUGACCCUGGUUGUGCUGAGGAGUUGCACCGACGCGCCGCGAGUAAGGACAAGACCUUGAGUGUUUAUCCUGGAAUGUGGCACCAGUUAAUUGGUGAGCCCGAAGAGGAUGUGGAGUUGGUGUUUGGGGGAAUGGUGGAGUGGCUACAAGAGAGAGCUGAACGGGCCUUGAAGGGUGGAGACGGUGAAAGAGCCACCGCGGAUAAUGGUGGCGCGUGAUUACACUACUUCUUUGUUGGUAAUGUGAAUUAUAUAAAUAUCCCAAAAGGAAACCAAUAAUAGAUGGCAAGUCCUCUUGUAGUGAUAUUAUGAUUAUAAUAAACUAUUGGGUUGUGAAACUGUUGAGGAUUGCUGCUUUCUUAUGACA